GAGAGAGAGAGAGAGAGAGAGAGAGAGCACGCGCGCGAGAGAGAGCAAUGCUCAGCCCGUUUUGACCAUCACUGCUUCUGCGUUUUCUAAAUGAUAGGGCUGCCUAUCGCAUCGUGUCAUCUGGGGUAAAAAACGGAAGGACUAUGGUCACAUCUCUCCGCCCGUCCUGCGUUGGCGCUGAGUAGCCGAUCUGUUGGUGCGGGCGACGGUCCGGAUCUGAGUUCCUCUCGAACCCCCCCGGUUCUUUUGCAGCUCAGGAUUUCUGCAUUUCCCCACACAACAUCCGCCACAACACACACACACAAAAUACACUCUUCAGGAGAACCGCCGCUGCAGCCAGGGACCUAAAUGGUGGAGGCGGUGGUGGAGUUUGAUUACGAGGCCCAGCAGCCUGACGAGUUGAGUCUGAGGCUGGGUGAUGUCAUCAUCAACAUUCGCCGCGACGACGGGGGCUGGUGGGAGGGCGAGCUGGACGGCCGCCGGGGAUUCUUCCCUGACAACUUUGUCCGGGAGUUGAAGAAGGAUGUGAAGAGAUCAGGAGGGCCUGCAGGUCCUCAUAAAGCAGAGCUCUCCAAUGGCGGUCCGACAGCCGGUCCUCAGUCUGAACCCAGCCUGAGACCGGCCAAGAAAGGUGAGCAGAUCCGUAAGCGGCGGUUCAAAGCGGCGUUCAGCUACAUGCCUCAGAAUGAAGAUGAGCUAGAGCUGAAGAUCGGUGACAUCAUCGAGGUCCUAACAGAGGUAGAGGAGGGCUGGUGCGAGGGCCUUCUGAAUGGUAAGACCGGGAUGUUUCCCUCCAACUUCACCAAAGAGAUUGUUGCUGAAUCAGGCACGCCCCCUUUGGGCACGCCCCCUCUGGACACGCCCACCUCCCAGGAGGAGCCCCGCAGCAGUGGCACCAGUAAAGAGAGUCUAGGCAGUGAGAGUGAUGGAGGUGACAGUAGAUCAGAAAUGGGAUCAGGAGAGAUUCAACCCAAGAAGGUACGAGGCUUCGGCUUCGGGGACAUCUUCAAAGACCAGCCCAUCAAACUCAGACCACGGUCCAUGGAGCUGGACCCGGAGUCAGACAGAACUCAUACAGUGAAAACAGCCACAGUUGCCGUGGACACCAUGAAGGCGGAGCCAGACGGAAAAUCGAAAGGUGGGCGGGAGAUGUGUAAAGUCCUCUUCCCUUAUGAUGCACAAAACGAGGACGAGCUGACAAUCAAAGAGGGCGAGAUGGUUGCCAUUAUUAGCAAGGACUGUGCGGACGCCGGCUGGUGGAUGGGGGAGGUCGGGGGUCGACAUGGAGUGUUCCCAGAUAACUUUGUCAAAGUGCUGCUGCCCGAGGUGGAGAAAGAGAGACCAAAGAAGCCCCCCCCGCCCAGUGGUUCGUCAACUAAACACACAUCAGAGAGAAAGUCAGAGUCCAGGAAGGUUCCUCCAGAGCGUCCGGAACACCUUCCCCAACGCGACGCAGAGAGAGGUGAAGAGACAAAGGUGGGAGACAUCCCUAAGCCCGCCCUCCCGUCUGUCCCUCCCAAGAAGCCCCUCCCCCCAAAGACAGGCCCCGCCUCUUCCUCCCAAGCCCCUCGACGCCCAGAGAGGCCGCGCACGAAGUGUGAAAGCCCUAAAUCUGAGGGCGGAGCUUCAACACCAGACUCUGCCUCUGACUUGUUACAUGACACCGAGGUGGACCUGGAUGCAGUGAUCAUAUCGUCUGAGAGGCUGAAUCAUCCCACGGCCUCACGACCGAGGAUAACCGACCGGCGACCUCGCUCACAGAUCAUCUCUCUUCCUUCUCUUUCGUCUGCUGACAUGCAGGACGUCCUAGCAGUGGAGGAGGAGAGGAGAGAGAAGGAGAGGAGAGAGAAGGAGAGGAGAGAGAAGGAGGAGCAGGAGGCGCCUCCCUUAAGGCCUGAGAACGUCUCGCGGAGGAAAGUAGUGCAAGUAGUGCCCUCCGUCACGAUCCCGGAUGGAAAGUCGGCCCUGCCGCCUAAACCAAGCAUCCCGAACCCCAGCAGCAGCUCCAGCCACCGCUCCAUCUCCCCUUCCUCCUCCUUGGUGCGAAGCCCCUCCCCCUCCACUCUAAGCCCCUCCCCCGAGCUCCGCCACUUCCCCAUGACUCCCGUCACUCUGGAGGAACUCCGAGCCCAGCUGAGGGAACUGAAGACCUCCGUGGAACUACUCAAGAGCCAGCACAGGCAGGAGAUGAGGCAGCUGAACAGCGAUCUGGAGGAGGAGAAGCGGAGCCGCAUCUCCCUACAGAUGGAGGUAGAGCACAUUAAGAAGAACCUCUCCAAAUGACGAGCCCAGCGCCAGCACUGGCGCGCUCUGAUGACAUCACCACACCGGAUGCCCCGCCUUUUAGAAUAAACCAUUAUGAGGUCUUCUCAAGCCUCACACGCACCCACGUCUAGUUUGUGCCAAAUGCCACAUGGUCAUCAUCAUCAUCAUCAUCAUCAAUGUGAUGUCAAUGACUAAACGAUACAAAGAGCCAUGUCACAUCCCCACACACACACACACACACACACACACA